CCUCUCCCUCUCCCUCUUCUCCAUUAUCCCCUUUUUUUUUUAAUUUGUCCAUUUAUUUUCUCGCCCUUAUCCAACAAUGGCGAUUUUCCCCACCUGAGUCCCCUCCCCCCUCGCUGGAUCCCCGCGGCGACCCUUUCGCGGCGAUCUCCGGCGACCUCGGAAGCUGGAUCUCCGGCGGCGGCUGCGGCGAUCGCCGAUCGGGCGGCGGAGAUCGCGCCUAUGAGCUCCGAUCGCUCCGAUCUCUGAUCGGAGCAAGGUGAGGUCCUCGAUUCGUUGUUUAUUCGAUCGACUUGGAGUGGAUUCGAUGCUCGUGUGCUUCGGUUUGGUUGGAUUGGUGCGGAGAGUGGCGUGUGGUUUGGCUGGAAAUGGCGGAGAUUGUGCGAUAGAUGCGGUGGUUGGGGUAAAUGUGGAUUUAUUGAUGGUUUAUACGUUGGAUGCGAUAAGGUGUUGGAUCCUGUGACCUCUUUGCUAGAAUGGCGAGGUUUUGGUUAAUGAUCUAUGUAGAGAUUAUAAUCAGUGAGCUUGAAUGCUUGGGAUUAUGGUAAUAUUUACUAGACCUACACUAAAGUUCAUAAAGCAGUCACAAAUCUUUGUUGAUUUUGAGCUGUUUGGUUGAGAAGCCAGCAUGAAAGAGCUUCAACUCAAGUCUCAGAGCAUGGCAGGAGCUCCUGCUUCUGUUCUUCUACAAAUUGUUAGAUCCUCUGGGCAAGAUCAAAGUUCAUUACAUUACAUAUUGGCUAUCUUACUAGUGGCUCAAAAUGGCUACCUGUUGAAAGAAAUCAGAGAGUUCACAUUCAGAAACAAGCUAUAUUCUGACCAAACUGAACUGAAGAAGAAGAAACCUCUUUUUAGAUCUCAGCUAGGAAGCGAUCACAAUGAUCAAAGUUCGAAUGACUGUUUCCUCCCAGGCCUCCACGAUGAUAUUGCCCUGGACUGUCUUGCUCUAACUAGCAGAUCAGACUACCCUUCACUCGCUUUUCUUAAUAAAAGGUUCAAUAACUUGAUAAGAUCUGGUUACCUGUACCAAUUACGGAGAAAGCUCGGUAUUAUUGAACAUUGGGUUUAUUUAGCAUGUACCUUAAUGCCAUGGGAAGCAUUCGACCCUUUCCGUCUUAGAUGGAUGAGGCUACCAAGAAUGCCAUGUGAUGACUGCUUCUCCUGUGCUGAUAAAGAAUCUCUUGCUGUAGGGACCCAACUUCUCGUGUUUGGUCGAGAAUUAACCGGAUUUGCUAUUUGGAAGUAUAGCUUGGUAAGCCGUGAUUGGUCCAGGUGUCCGCCCAUGAACUUACCUCGUUGCCUUUUUGGGUCUGGAAGCUCUGGCGAAAUUGCCAUUGUUGCUGGUGGCAGCGAUAUGAACGGCCGUGUCUUAAAAUGCGUCGACUUAUAUAAUUCAGAGUUGGGCGUCUGGGAAAGUUUACCUGAUAUGAAUAUUCCAAGGAGAUCGUGCUCUGGAUUUUUCAUGGAUGGGAAAUUUUACGUUAUUGGGGGCUUGUCGAGCCAUACUGAUUCUUUAACUUGUGGGGAGGUGUAUGACCUCAAAACCCGAACAUGGAGGAUAAUUAAAGAUAUGUAUCCCGGCGGUAUUAGGGCGAGUCAAUCUCCCCCUCUCAUUGCGGUCGUGAAUAACCAGCUGUAUGCUGCGGAUCAGUCCAUGAAUGUGGUUAAGAAGUACGAUAAAGUGAAUAACUCUUGGAGUGUGGUGAGAAGAUUGCCUGUUCGGGCCGACUCGUCGAAUGGCUGGGGCCUCGCUUUCAAGGCAUGUGGCAACAAGCUAUUGGUUGUUGGCGGGCAUAGAGGGCCCUGCGGUGAGGUCAUCGUACUGCAUUCUUGGUGUCCUGGUAAUGAGCAGGGUGGCGAUGGAAAUUGGGAUGUUCUUUCUGUCAGGGAACGGGCCGGUGCUUUCGUAUACAAUUGUGCAGUAAUGGGUUGCUGAGAACAUUCCCAGUUAUUAAGCAUACUCGGGGAAGAGAAUUGCUUCAUUUUAUCGGUAAAGUUGGUUCUGGUUUAAUUGCAUAAUUUUUUUUCCGUUUCCAGGUACUUAACAUUGUUGAAUUGUAUUUAAAAAUGACGCGGUUGUGCCCUCUCUCUCAGAGUCCUUAGCAAUUCGAAGAGGACAUUGAGUUGCAUAAUGUUUACUUUUUUAAACUUCAAAACUAGUUAUCGUUUCGACAAACUCGACUGAUAAUGUAGCAUGAGGUAUGGCCCCAGCUUUUUCAUUCUAUGUUUCUUAAGGCUUCUGUUUUCUCUUUUUUGGCCAUCGGCA